AUGACUCUUCUCCAUGUCACAGCUCAGUACUCACAUCACUGCUCCAUCAUUAUUCACAGGAACCCACCUGGUCCUCCACCCAGCUCUGUGUCCUGUAAGAGUGACGGGUCUAAAGAUGACCCCAUUGAUUUUAAAGUCCCAGAGGCAUCUGGUGCUGAGAGAUCAGGGGCGGUACCCCUGGACUGGCAGACCGGGGUGGUGGUCCCCAUCUUUAAGAAGGGAGACCGGAGGGUGUUUUCCAACUACAGUGGGAUCACACUCCUCAGCCUCCCUGGGAAAGUCUAUGCCAGGGUGCUGGAAAGGAGAAGUUUAUGCUGGAGGGGAACCUGCUCAUCUUGGAUAUGUUUCUGGUUCUGCAGACAGUGCAUCUGCUCAUACUGGGACCAGUCUGCUUCAUCAGGAGACUCGUCCUGUCCCCAGUGUGGAGAAAGAACCAGAGCUGGACUGCAGACAGCCAGUCAGAGCAGCUGUGUACAAACAGAUGUUGGUCUGCAGGAGGUUUUAGAGGAACAUAAGAUCAGUCUGAGGAGGAGAUGUGAACGUGUGACUGAAGGAAGUGAUGAAACAGGAAGUAGAACCCUCCUCAACAGGAUCUACACUGAGCUCUACAUCACAGAGGGACAGAGUGAAGAGGUUCAUACCCAACAUGAGGUGAGGCAGCUGGAGACAGCUUCCAAGAUGGACGCCCUCCAUGACGCUCCAAUCAGGUGCCAGGACAUCUUUAAAGCCUUACCUGACCAACAGAGACCCAUCAGAGUGGUUCUGACCAACGGCGUGGCUGGUGUUGGAAAAACCUUCUCAGUGCAGAAGUUCACUCUGGACUGGGCAGAGGGCUUGGAGAACCAACAUGUCAGUGUGGUGGUUCUGCUUUCAUUCAGGGAGCUGAACCUGAUCAGAGAUGAGCAGUACAGUCUUCUGGAGCUGCUCCAUGUUUUCCAUCCAACAUUACAGAAGGUCACAGCAGAGAAGCUGGCUGUCUCUCAGCUUUUGUUCAUCUUUGACGGCCUGGAUGAAAGCAGACUUUCAUUGGAUUUCACCAACAGGAAGCUGCUGUCUGAUGUCACACAGAAGUCAUCAGUCAGCCAGCUGCUGACAAACCUCAUCCAGGGGAAUCUGCUUCCCUCGGCUCUCGUCUGGAUAACUUCCCGACCCGCAGCAGCCAAUCAGAUCCCUCCUACAUGUGUCGACAGGCUAACAGAAGUACGAGGCUUCACUGACGCCCAGAAGGAGGAGUACUUCAGGAGGAGAUUCAGUGAUGAAGAGCUGUCCAGCAGAAUCAUCUCCCACAUGAAGACAUCCAGGAGCCUCCACAUCAUGUGUAGUAUCCCAGUCUUCUGCUGGAUCACUGCUACAGUUCUGGAGCACAUGUUGACUACAGAGCAGAGAGGAGAGCUGCCCAAGACCCUGACUGACAUGUACUCACACUUCCUGCUGGUUCAGACAAAGAGGAAGAAGAACAAGUACCAUGAGCGACAUGAGACGAGUCCACAGGAGCUGACAGAGGCUGACAGGGAAGUUCUUCUGAAGCUGGGGAGGCUGGCGUUUGAACAUCUGGAGAAAGGAAACAUCAUGUUCUACCAAAAAGACCUGGAGCAGUGUGGUCUGGAUGUGACAGAGGCCUCGGUGUACUCAGGAGUUUGUACAGAGAUCUUCAAAAGAGAGUGUGUGAUCUUCCAGAAACCAGUCUACUGCUUUGUUCAUCUGAGCAUUCAGGAGUUUCUGGCUGCAGUCUACAUGUUCCACUGUUACACUACCUGGAAGGUAGAUGUUCUUAGGAACUUCUUAGGGAAAGACUACAAUAAGUUAUAUCUGGAUGAUUUCCUUCAAAGUGUCAUGCAGAAAUCCCUCCAGAGUAAAAAUGGCCACCUGGACCUCUUUGUUCGCUUCCUUCAUGGCCGCUCUCUUAAGUCCAACCAGAGUCUCUUGAGAGGUCUGCUGGGUCAGACAGAGAUCAGUCCAGCAACCAUGCAGAGAGUCACCAGAAACCUGAAGAAGAUGAACGGUGAUAAAAUCUCUCCUGACAGAAGCAUCAACAUCUUCCACUGUCUGAUGGAGAUAAACGACCUCUCAGUACAUCAGGAGAUCCAAGAGUUCCUGAAGUCAAAGAACAGAUCAGAAAAGAGACUCUCUGAGAUCCAGUGCUCAGCUCUGGCCUUCAUGCUGCAGAUGUCAGAGGAGGUUGUGGAUGAGUUGGACCUGCAGAAGUACAACACAUCAGAGCAAGGACGACUGAGACUGAUUCCAGCUGUGAGGAACUGCAGAAAGGCUCGACUGACUCAGUGUCGACUCUCAGAGUCUCACUGUGAAGUUGUGGCCUCAGCUCUGAAGUCCAACCCCUCCCAUCUGACAGAGCUGGACAUGAGUAAAAACAACCUGCAGGAUUCAGCAGUGAAGCUUCUGUGUGCUGGACUGGAGAGUCCAAACUGUCGACUGGAGACUCUGAGAUUGAAGGACUGUGGUUUGUCAGAGAUCAGCUGUGAUUAUCUGGUAGCAGCGCUGAAGUCCAACCCCUCCCAUCUGAGAGAGCUGGACCUGAGUACUGACAUUGGGCACUUCACUGAAAACAACAAGCUGCAGGAUUCAGGAGUGAAGCAGCUGUGUGGUUUUCUGGAGAGCCCAGGAUGUGGACUUGAAACUCUGAGGUCAGUCUCCAACCCCUCCCAUCUGAGAGAGCUGGACCUGAGAUGGAACAACCUGCAUGAUUCAGGAGUAAAUCAGCUGUGUGGUUUUGUGGAGAGUCCAGGAUGUGGACUUGAAACUCUGAGAUUGAUGAGCUGUGGUUUGACAAAGAUCAGCUGUGACUAUCUGGCAGCAGCACUGAAGUCCAACCCCUCCCAUCUGAGAAAGCUGGACUUGAGUGAGAACAAGAACCUGCAGGAACACGAUGUGAAGCAGCUGUUUGAUCUUAAGGAGAGUCCAGACUACAGACUGGAGACUCUGUGGUUAGUAGAGUGUGGGACUGAGUGGGUGGUGCUGUCAGCAGUGGAGGUGAUGAUGGUGAACAGGACGGUGUGUGUGCUGAGAGAGGAGCAGCUGUGUCCUGAUGAUCCAGAGAGGUUGAAGCAGCAGCAGCUUGUGUGUAGAGACGCUCUGACUGGGCCAUGUUACUGGAAGGUGGAGAGGGGAGCUUCAUCCAGCAGUGACUGA